GGCAACCACCCUAUAACAAGGAGGAACAAUACACAAUGUUGCUACUACGAACGAUCCAGCGCUCGCUCCCACGACUUCAGGCCACCGAUACCCGUUCAUUUCUUAAAACUCUGUCCUGCGCCACCUCGCGAUUCAGUCUCCCAACCCUCUCCCGGACAAUCGCUACCACCCCCCACUUUCAUACCCUCCUAACCCCCGCCGAAACAUCUCCUCCAACUUCACCCCCCCCGAAAACCCCACCCACGGCACAAUCCAAUGCGGCACCUACAUUGCACGAGUCCCUCACCCUCUUAACAGCGCUCAAAGCCCAGCCGUCGAAAUACAUCACUGUCAAGAUCCAUGGUUUCUCCUUCCUCCUUACGCCGGGAGACAAGGUGGUGUUACCGUUCCUUCUCAAAGACGUCAAGGUCGGUGAUAUCCUACGGUUAACGCAUGCGACCACAUUGGGAUCAAGAGACUACACAAUGAAGGGGAAUCCGUAUAUCGACGAGCGACUUUUUGAAUGUCGGGCUACUUUUCUAGAAGAGACAUCGGAACCCUUGAGGAAGAAGGAGAAGAAGAAGAGGAGGACGCGAAGGAUCAAGACGGUGAAAAGUAAGCACCGGUAUAGCGUACUGAGAAUCAAAGAGUUGAUCAUCAUUGAUGUACCGCCAGCGGUAGCGGCGGCGACAGGCAACAACACUACUACAUAGAGGGAUCAGAGGGUUGUGGGUGCGCCAGCAGGGAGGGGGAUGAGGUACUAGAUGGGACCUCUCAUAAUUGACUGUAAAUAUAGAGGUCCUACCGAAAAUUGCUUGCUAAACAUGUGCUGCAAUACCAAUAUUUCAAACCAGACAUUAGCACAACACCUAUACAGUAAACCAUAACCCCGUGCUAGCCUCUAGAGAACUGUUUGGAUUGGUGUCCGAGGAGCGUUGUGGCAUCCCACGUGCUUGUGCUCUGGUAGUUCUGUUGUUCAUGGGGCAUCAAAGCUUAAAGGCUGUGCCUGCCGGGGUUUGGGGUCUCAGGUUGACUAGCCAAAUGAGCAGAACUUUGUGGAAGCGAGUGAAUGAGAUUUAGCGAUGACUAGGUUCUGAUACUAAUUCUUUCUUG